ACUGCUGUAAACAAAUGCAAUAUGGCGAGUAGCAACGUUUGAACGUUAUUUUCAACCUGGUUUCUAAUCGAGAGCUAGAGAAUAUAGAAAUCAGAAGCAGUGCAAUAGUGCCACGACUUUAAUUUACUGUCGGAGGUGUAUCGAUUCUCAUUGAUGUGUGCAACCAAAGCGCACAGCGAAAUGCUGAACCAGGUUUCUGUCGAGGCAGUGUAUUCCGCGUCCUAUGUGGAAAACUAUUUGGAUUGCGUGGAAAACCUCCCCAACGAUCUGCAGAGGAUGAUCUCUAGGAUGCGUGAGUUGGACGUUAACUAUCUAGUACACGUACGAGAAACCCAAAAGCAGAUAGAAUUAUGGCGAUCCAGCGACUCAGAAAACUCGCCGAAAAUGAAGCGCAUCAUCAGGAAACUGCAGAAAGCUCUAAUUGCAGCACAAGAGCUCGGAGAUGAAAAAAUGCAUUUACUGCAGGCAAUCCAAGACAAGAUUGAAAAUAAAACACGUCUUUUAGAUCACGAUUUUAAGAAUUUGGACUUUGGCAAGGAGGAACCAGCCAGCACAGAGACAAAAGAGCAAGUGCCUGUCAUUACAAACAGCAAUACUAGCAGUAACAACAAUGUGAAUACAGCAGAAAGGCCUAAUAAGAGGGCGAGGCGGUCGAGGCACGACACGUUGACAGGACUGGACACUAGUCAGAAUGAUAACGGGCAAGCUGAGCAUGUUUUGAGGAGUCAAGUUACAUCUACAGCUAAUAAUACAGCUAAAAAGAAUGCAGGUGCAGGAAAGAAAAAGAAGCGUAAAUCUCGUCAAAAUCACCAGCGUGAAGAAACGCCACCCAAAGAAGAAGAACCUUCGAUUGAUCACGACGAGCCCACUUAUUGCCUAUGUGAUCAGAUCUCAUUCGGCGAGAUGAUUAUGUGCGACAAUGAUCUCUGCCCAAUCGAAUGGUUCCAUUUCUCAUGCGUGAGUUUAUCGACGAAACCAAAAGGUAAAUGGUACUGUCCGAAAUGUCGCGGUGAUCGCCCGAAUGCGAUGAAACCCAAGGCGCAGUUCCUGAAAGAACUCGAGCGAUACAAUAAAGAAAAAGAGGAGAAGACGUAAACGUGUACAUAGCGCAGUAAAACGCGAGAGAGACUUUAAUAUAAGUUAAUCUUUUAAAUUUAAAUGAACGUACAAACAUUUUUAACCGGAUGAAGAUGCAAAUAUGAAAGUAAGUAAAAAAUUAAUUCAAACUUCAAGUUAAAACAAAAAAGUUUAUUUGUGUAAAGAAAUUAAUAAAUUUCAAAAGUAUUUUACGAAA